GGCAGCCAACUUUCUACAAACUGCACAUGUAUUCCUCUAUCUCGCUCCAACACCUCACUCAGUACCCCACAGUACCCACUAGACACAACAACCUCCUACCCAACCAACAUAUACCAGAGCCCGAAAACAGAGCAGAGCCCGAUCCCAACCUCAAACCGGACGUAUCUGCACAUACACCUCGCCCACCGCCAAAGCAGGUGCAAGUAGAACCAUACAGAAGGAAGACAGAGAAGAAGAGAGUAAGGCACACCGCACAGACCCCCUAUAUCUGACUAGCAUGAAAAGAACACCCCAAGAAACAGAAGAGAAAGCGACCAACCUCACACAGGCGAUGACGCAACACUCAACCCAGCAUGCCUCUCUGAGGCUGUGAGCCCAAGUAAGUAUCUACUAGCUACUAGCUCCUAGCUACCCAGAUACCUACCAUCGCACAGACACCCACAACUCAGCACACCACCAUGCAAGAAAGCAAUCCCAACCUUAACCCUACACAAUAUACAUACAUACAUACCAUACCAUACCCAAACCAGAGCAAAGGAACUCAGGUAAGAUACAUCGUACGUAACCUAGUAAUUUAAUUAUGUAUGUAGGUAUGUACGUGUAUACAAGGAAGCAAAGAGGGACAGGAAACAGGACUAUUCGCUGCGAACGCACGGCCGCUUCGACGCCUGCACGUACAAGCACACGUCCUGCAUAUGAUAUAUCCCUGGCCAAAUCCCGAAUACCGGGAUGCGGGAGGCAUCGGGUAGAAAUUUGAACGGCGUGACAGCGCAGUUUGCAGGUGGUCACUCAUGUCGGUCGCUUGUUUGGGAGUAGUUGGUGUGUUGGAUCAUAUUUUUGAAUGGAGGGUCAUCGGUGUGGUGGUGGUUGACUUGGUUUGUGGGGGUGCAUGGUGACAUUUUGCAUCUUUUUUUUUUUU